AUGAAGAUAACUUUCUCAAUCAUAUUCAUCACCGCACUCUCACUACUCUCCGCCACUUCAGCCACAAUCUAUGACUCCUCUGGCAACAAACUUUUGAGGGGCACUUCUUAUUAUAUUGUGCCCCUCCUACGUGGCUCUGGAGGUGGACUGACCGUCUCCUCCCAGAGCCACAAAAAUGCAUGUCCACUUGACAUCACUCAAGAGCCAUUCGAAGUGAACAAUGGGGUUCCUUUCACCUUCAGCCCCAUUCUUCUCGACGCACAAGUCAUCCGUGAGGCGUAUCCGGUUGCCAUCGAGGCCGAUGUCAUCAACCCUUGCACCGGAUCCACGAUAUGGACGGUAACGACCGAGAAAAACCAUGACCACGGGUGGAUUGAUGCGUUUUCUGAUACUAGAUCUGAGGAUAUAGGCGGCGUACUAGGGCUUCAAUGCCGGCUGAGGGUAGAGGCUGUGGUAUUGAGAGUGUACGGUGGUGGUGGGUGUACGGUGGUGGAGAGUGUACGGUGGUGGAGGGUGUACGGUGGUGGAAGGGAGACGGUGGUGGUGGGUGUAUCGUGGUGGAGGGGAGACGGUGGUGGUGGGUGA